AUGGAUGUCCAAAGAAAGUGCUAAGAAUAGAUGGCUAUUGAGAUAUAGUUUGAAUACUUGUAAUAGAUUUAAUAGAAACGAAUCCCAAGAAUUAAAAAGGUAAAAAUGAUGGUAGAUUUAGUAAAAGAAUUAAAUGUAAAAACAGCUCAAUUAGUUUUUAAACUGGGUUAUGAGAAACAAGAAUAUUAGUGUAGCCAGAACAGGAGCAAGAACUGCUGGAUAAUUAGAAAAAUCUUUGAAAAGUUUUUAAUUAUUGAAGCUAUUUGAUGAGAAAUUGGAGAUUAUUUUUGAGAAUGUUACAAAAUAAGAUUAAAAUCAUAAAAUAUUUUAAUAGAAUAAAAAGAAAAGAUAAAUGUGA